AUGAAUAUUUCCUUGGACAAUGAUUCUAUAACAGAAGUUGACAAUUUAUUGGCCAACAAAACUCAAGAAGAAGUUCCAACCAAAUUUCAAGUGAAAUCAUUGGAAGAACAAGAUUUAUCACAAAGAUUAAGUCAAUUAUCUAUGACUUCACAUCACAUAACUGAACAUCUCAAUAUGGUCAAUGUAGAUACUUCGGAAAAUAUUCCAUUAUAUCUAUCAAAAGAAAAUAAAUCUUUCGAACAAAUUAUCAGUGAUUUAUCGUCAAAUGAAUUGGCCGAAGAAUUACGACAAAUGGCUAUUGUGAUACAUCAAAUUUUUUUAAUAGAUUUAGAAAAAUUACUCUGGACAACUUAUUUAAAAUCAGGUACAGGUCAACUUCAAUUAAAUCAUAUGGAUAAUGAUAAUUUGAAUCGUCCACAUCUUUGGCCAAUUCAGGUACAAAAACUUGUUAGUAAACAAUCACCUGAUAACAUUGAUACUACUGCUUGUUUAACUUACGUCACACAAUAUCUUGAUGAAUUAGAUGAUAAAAUGAAACGAUAUCAAACUACAUAUAAUAUGAAAAAAAAUCAAUAUGUAAAUUAUCUACCAACAAUUCAAGCAUUUGUUCAUCAACAACUUCAAUCUACUCGCUUGGCAAUAGAACAAAAAAUCGCAAUUGUUCACUACAAUUACAAUGAUUAUGUCUUGGAAUUAAAAUUUUUAGCAUAUAAUCCAAUUCAACGACAAAAAGAAAUGGUUGAAAAAUUAAAUCAUGCAAAGUAUCAGGAAGAAAUAACUAAAGAAGAAUACAAUUUAUUGAAAUAUCGCAUUUCAAUUGAAGAAUCAUCGCCAACAUCUCUCGAAUUACCUAAUGAAAAAUUAUUGAAAACAAUAGAAGAUCAAUCUAUUCAACAAAAACUACGUGAUCAAUAUAUAAACAUAGCACAACAAGCAAAAAAAGAUAUGAUACAGUUGUAUUUCUCUUCCGCUCAAGCUCAAAUGGAUCAAUAUCAGAAGGAAUUUAAUACUAAAUUAAAACAAUUUCAGGUCAAACAACAGUCACUACCAGAUGAUAAAAAAUUCAACAGCAGCAUGAUUACUUUAAUUGAACGACGUUGGAAGAAUAUGAGUGACGGUGUCAAAUGUGUUUAUAAAUAUAAACUUGAUUUAGUUCGUUUAAAUUCUGUUCAGCAUUAA